AUGAUUCUGUUGGUUAUGAUCAAGAAAAUAUCAGCAUCUUCAUUUAACCAACCGAAGUUUUGUCCAACAGCAGUUUGGAAUCCUUUUGGAAUUACUUUUGCUAAUCAAACAACUCUUGGAAAUUAUCCUGAAGCCCUUUUUAUCAAUAAAAACAAUACAAUUUAUACAGUUAAUUGGCAGAAGAAAGAAAUUUUAAUAUGGAUUAAUAAUAGUCUUAAUCGAAACAAAACUAUUUCUGCUAAUUUCAUUCUUUCAAAGUCCAUCUUUGUUACAAAUAAUGGUGAUAUUUAUUAUGAUAAUAGUGUAAAGAAUGGUCGAAUCGAUAAAUGGAUAUCAAAUACAGAUACUUUUGUGAAUGUUAUGAAUGUUAAUUCAGGAUGUUAUGGUCUCUUUAUCGAUAUUAAUAAUACUUUAUAUUGUUCAAUGUUUUUUAAUGGUAAAAUUGUGAAAAGAUGGUUAAAUGAUAGUGAAAUGAUAUCAACAACUGCGGUUGGAACAGGUAUUGGUGGUUCUGCUUCGAAUGAACUUGAUCAGCCUAUGGGAAUCUUUGUUGAUGUAAACUUUGAUUUAUAUGUGGCAGAUUGUGGUAAUCAUCGAAUUCAAUUAUUUAAAUUUGAAGAAUUAAAUGGAACAACAAUAGUUGGAGAAGAAUCAUCAAAUAACAUUAUUUCACUCUCAUAUCCAUCUGGAGUUGUACUAGAUGCUGAUAAAUAUCUUUUUAUUGUCGAUCAAUUCAAUCAUCGUAUAAUUCGAUCAGGAUCAAAUGAUAUUCGAUGUAUAAUUGGAUGUGAUGAAGAAGGAUCACAAUCCCAUCAAUUAUCAUCUCCAGUAACUCUUAGUUUCGAUAGUUAUGGAAACAUAUUUAUUAUUGAUCGCUCCAAUCAUCGUAUUCAAAAAUUUGAUUUCUUAUCAAAUUCUUGUGACAAUUCAUCGAAUGGUCAAUUAGUGUAUUCAUCAAUGUUAACACGAAAUCAUCCAACAUAUUCCCGUAUUGGUUGUAAUCUUCCAAACUACUACUAUGAAGCUAUACAAGUGAAUGUCAAUGAAAGUCGCUAUUAUAGUCUUAGUAGCAGCAGCAGUAUCGAUACAUAUGGUUACAUCUACACAAAAAACUUCUAUCCAUUCGAUCCAUCUAUAAAUUUAAUUCUAGAGAAUGAUAACAGUUUCGGUAAACAUCAGUUUGAGAUCAAAACUCUUCUUCAGUCUACCACUGCAAAUAUACUGGUUGUAACAACGUAUAGUCCAAAUGCGACAGGAAUAUUCUCUAUUAUUAUGUCUGGUUUCAAUAAUGUCACUUUAGAACGUCUAAUCAAUAAAAGUUCAAAUCUCUGUUUUGUUGCUUUAGUAAAUCCUGAUAAAUGUGUUAUUGGUGGUUCAUGUAAUGUUCAAACAAAAGGUAUUGGUAUAACUCUUGAUGAUAUUUUACGUUACGAAAUUCAACGAAAUGAGACAUUGAAGAAUCAACCAUUAUUAGUGAAAAUGAGUGUUGGUUUAACAAUAAUUAUGUUUCUUUUGGGUUUAAUCAAUAGUAUUUUCUCACUUCUAACAUUUCAAAAUGCAAAUUUACGAAAAGUCGGAUGUGGAAUAUAUCUUUUAGCUUCUUCAAUUACUUCUCUUCUAACAAUUUCUAUGGUUACAAUCAAUUUUUGGUUUGUUCUUCUCAGUCAAAUGAAUUCAUCAAUUAAUUUAUCUAUUCAUCGAGUUGGAUGUAUUUCUAUUGAACCUCUUCUAAAACUUUUUCUUUAUUUUGAUACAUGGCUUAAUGCUUGUGUUGCUAUUGAACGAGCAAUUCAUGUUUAUCAAGGUGUUCAUUUUAACAAAGAAAAGAGUAAACGUCUUGCUCGAUGGAUUAUAUUCAUCUUACCACUUUGUAUCACAGCUACAAUCAUUCAUGAACCCUUACAUCGAAAUAUUUUCGAACAUCGAGUAAAAGACGAUAUGGAUAAAACAAAAAUAAUAGAAAGAAAUAUUUGGUGUGUAAUUAAUUAUUCUCAUGCCGUUCAAGAUUACAAUAUAGCUAUUCUUUUCGUUCACCUCAUUGGCCCAUUUAUUGCUAAUCUUUUUUCUGCUUUAUUCAUUAUUUUUGGAACUGCUCGACAACGAUCAUUAGCUCAGACGAGUCAAAACUACAUUGCACAUAUUCGUGUACAAUUACGUGAACAUAAACAAUUAGUAAUUAGUCCAGCAAUUCUACUUAUUUUAUCAAUGCCACGUUUAAUCAUUUCAUUAUUAUCUGGAUGUGUGAAGGUACAUAAUAAUCCUUGGCUAUAUCUUUGUGCUUAUUUCAUUUCAUUUACUCCAUCAAUACUUGUCUUCAUUGUAUUUGUCGUUCCAUCGGAAUUGUACAGAAAAACACUAAAAGAAUCAUUGAGAACUUGGCAACGACGAAUUCGUCGCUGA